CGAACACUUCACUUCUAUUUGAAGUUUGUGCUGAUGAUGUCGUUCAGAAGAACGAUGAAAGCUCCACGACCAAACCAUCCAGCUCAGAGAACAAAACUCCACCAAAAGACUUCUACUAAGUUUAUUGCACUGAUGGAUUCGCGCAAACUCGUCUCAUCAAGCUUAGAACACAAUAAAGAGCGAAAACAAAUCAGAUUUGGGGUAGGCAAAAGUCUAAGGAACGACCGUGAGCAGUGCUGAGCAACGAAAGCAAAGAGAUCAAAAAGGCAGCAGCUGUUGCUAACAUCAGACAGAUUUUCAGACUAAUAAAAGAAAUUAGGAUUAACAGGUCGAGUGUAAGUGCGAUAGUCUCGGAAAAAACGACAGUCUUAUUUGCUGUCAGUCCAGACGUGUAGGACUUUGGGCGGAACACUAGGGAGCAGUUCAACUAGCUUCCAGCUACUCUGCAACUACCCACCAUCCCCAAACAGCGUGAAUGAGACAUUGAAGUAGGUCCCCCGACUCAAGAUGAAGUUCAAAAGGCUGUAGCUAAUCUGGAGCGAGGAAGAGCAGAUGGAUUGGCUGCAAAGGUCUUUAAGUGGUUUCUUAAAAAUAACAUUCGGACAUAAAAAAGGAAAUCCACCGAACAAUAGCUUCUUAAUGUCAAGCAAAUGUAUUGACGUGCCAUGUUACAUAUGUUUCCUAUUUGUAUGGAUAGUUCAUUUCAUUCAUUUUAUUUACACUUUUCUAUUUAAAGAUAUGCAGUUUACAAGUAAAUAAGUUUAUGGAUGAACAUUCUUAUUCAUUUUUUCAGUUAUAACAAAUGAAUGCCUUAUAGAAUCAUACCCAUUUAAACUCUUUAUACUUACAGUAAUCUAUUUUCUGUGAUACAUUUAUAAUUCUUGUAAUUGAAUGCUAAAGCGCAAAGCGGUCAGACGUUGUUCUGCACAUUAUUAUGUGACUGCUGAAGACCACGUUGAAAACGAAGUAAAACACGAAAAACUUCUGACAGAAACUUCUCGAUUAUCAUCUUCAUGGGCUGGUCUAAGUGUUUCAUGCAGUGAAUCUAGCGAUAGAGAUUGUUCAUCGUCUUCCACAUCUGUGAAUAGCAGCCCUAAUCAUCGUCCUAGUUCUUUCAGUGGGCCUCUGGUAAUUUCCGUCACUUGUUCUUAUCCUAUCUGUUCCGGAGUUAGCAACUGUGGUCCUUCUGUUGCCACUGGUUCUAGUAAGGGUAUGCCUUCGAGUCCUCCUCAUUUUCCUCGAUCAUCUUCUUGCUAUCCGUCACCGGUUGCGUCACCUGUCUCUUCACGCGUUCAGUGUUAUUCACCUUCUUUACCAACCUCAACUGUUUCUCCCAAUCCCCGUCGAUUUAGCAAUACCGGUGGUGCAAGUCCUUUGCUUGUUUCAGCUGCUCUUGGACGCAAACGAGGGUAUUUGUCUUGUGUGUCUGGGGGUGCAGGUUCUAGUGAUGAUGCUAGUCGUGAGGGAUCACCAGAAUCUUCAUGUUGUCACAGAAAUAACAAAUCUUCAUGUCAAAAUGAUGUCCGGAUAUGUAGCAGUGGCACAAAUCCAUAUUCUGACUUCCCCUAUUUCCGUUGGCCACCGAGUUUACCUGUAGUAUCAAGUCCUUCUAGCCCAUCAUGUCAACUUUUUUCUGUGGCUACAAACUCCAGUAGCCCAUCUUCGAUUCCUCCUUCUCCUCAUGUCCUGCCCUCAUCUCCUAUAUCUUCUAUCUCUCAUUCUUCAGUACCAUCUGGUGUUGUUGAAUGUACACGCUCUCCAAACGACCUUAAUGUCUCUAAUGCAUUAAGGACAAAUGAGAUUACGGAUUCUAUGAUGGACUUAAAUGUUAAGAAGUGUUCUACUUCAAAUUAGUCACAUGGAUUGUAAUCAUGUCUUGUUACAUUUCAAUGUUAAUACAUACUAAAAAUAUCCCUUUCAUCGACGUCAAAUGUCCUACUGUAUGUCUGAAUUUUUGUCUUCGUUAAACUUUUCUGUCUACCUCUAGGGCUUUUAUUUUCAACUUUCAAUGAGAUUUACUCUGUGUAUCCUUAUAAUACUCAAUUUACUACUUUUUUACAAUUCAUUUUUUGUUGAAUAUUAAACUGAUGUCUGGUAAAGUGUUGUUCAGCUCAAGAUCUUUCGCUAUCCCGAUGGUAAACCACAUUCGGUAAUUAUGUUUAUAUUAUGAAAAAUGGUACAUUUUUAUAAUCAGUGAUUAACCAACUCUUAAAAAACUUCUAUUUUCCC